AUGCCUAUGAAGGGCAGGUUCCCUAUUCGAAGGACGCUGCAGUAUCUGAGCCAGGGCGACAUCGUCUUCAAGAACUACGUGAAGGUGAUGACGGUGAACUACAACAUGCGCGGAGAGCUCAGCGAGGGCGCCAGGAAAUUUGUGUUUUUCAACAUACCUCAGAUUCAGUACAAAAAUCCUUGGCUGCAGAUUGUGAUGUUUAAAGACAUGACUCCUUCACCAUUCUUAAGAUUCUACUUGGAUACUGGAGAGCAAAUCUUGGUUGAUAUAGAAGAGAAGACUAACAGAGAGAUAGCAGAGCAUAUUAAGAAAAUUCUUGGUAAAAGCGAAGAAACAAUCCGGAUAGAAGAAGAGAAAAAGAGGAAAUGGCAUCCUGCAACAUUUGGUAACAAAAAAUACCACUUACGGGAAUGUAUGUGUGAAAUUGACGGCCAGGUUCCCUGUCCUGGUAAAGUGCCACUACCGAAAGAGAUGACCGGCAAAUAUAAAAAUGCCAUGAAAGACACUUCCUAAGCUACUUUUAUACCAGACUUCUCCACAAGGAAUUAAAGAUGGCAGAGAAAUAAGACACUGACUGAUUAGCAACAUGAUGAGAAUACAGUAUUGUGUUGAGAUUUGUGGCAGGAAAGUAGAUGGGCUCAGUUCUUUCACUCCUGUACACCGAAUGGUAAAUGUUUUAUAAGUGCUUUUUGUAAAAAUAAUUAAAGAGCAAGUGUUGGGUCAUAUGGAUCAUAACAUCAACUAUAAUUUUCUUAUCAAUUGAAGAAGGGCAGUUGUCUUGGGAAAACAGCUUGGAUCACGUCCAUAUUGUAUAAUGCAGUUCUGUAGGAACAGAGAAAAUGGUUGUAACAGGCAAUGCUUGGUUCCUUUUCCAAAAGUUGCAUUCUAUUCCAUUCUGUUCCGUUUUAUAAGCCUACAAAUGUUGAUCGUGAAUUAAGGGCUGAAAUAGU